AGAGGUUCCUGUCAUUACCCCCCUCCUCAAACAUAUGUAGGUGAGAAUUGACUGAGGUUGUGCGAUCCUGUGCUGGUCCCACACCAACAGAGCCAGGGAGGCUCACAUUACACUGACUCUGACAGUGUGUGGUUUUAAAUAGAAUGGUUGUCAACUCCUCAUUGCACAAAUCCAUCUAUUUUGGGGACACCCUGCAGGGGGAGGGGCAGAACUAGAAGUAGAUGGGCUAGAUAUCAGUGUGUGGGUUUGGCCUCUUCCAUUGGUAGUGCAUUUGCUCUGACUGCAUCAGCAUGAUGGCAGUACUGGAAAUGUUUCAAAGAAUUAAAAAUGCCCAGUAUCUCAGAAUAAGGAUUAAAGGCUAACAAACUGACCCCCACAUUCUGAAUUGUUAAUUCCAUCCCUCAUUAUAACGGUGCUGGACAAAAUGCACAACAUAAUCAUCCUGUAGCUAUUCUUGGAGCUAAAGGUGCUUGUCCUGAGGACAGGGAAAGCUCCAAGGGUUGUUGAAAUCUUAAGGAUUUAUCCCCUCAGGACCAUUAAUGUGCCCAGCAAAUAGCAUGGCAGUCUGCCCAUUAGAUCCUGAAAUACCUCACAGCAGAGUCUCUAGGAAUUAAGUUCCUUUUGGACCAUUGUGAAGAUUGAACACCCCUGAUGUUCAGUGCCGACGUUAAGUGUGAAAGUAAAGUAACCCUUAUGAUGGGUGGAAUAGCAUUAUUAUACUUUAUUAACUUGUCUUAUAAUAUUAUAAGGACUUUAGUGAGGACAACAGAUGCCAGCCUAUCAGACAGUCACUCACACCUGCUUCACCAGGUGAUUGAACAGGUGUGUGAUGGCUUUUUAACCAGAGUAGAUCUGCAGGUUUCUUCUUGACAGUGCUUGAGUAAUGCCAAGAACGUGUUUGAGGAAGGACUCAUUUAAAGAAACAAUGAUGUUUUUCCCUGGGCUCUGACAGCAUGCUUCUUGCCCGCCUUUGACCAAGGCAGUUUGCAACAGCUAUAAAUACUUGUGCCUUUGGGCGUGGUUGGAUGACACUUUGUAAGAAGUAGUUCAUUUCAAGUAUACCUAAACGUUAAGGUCAGGCUGGUGGACGAGACUGUAGCAUCUCUGACUUUCAUGAGGGAGAACGGAGAAUUAGCAUCCAAUUACAGAGAAGCCUUUUAUGUUGGUGUUUUGUAACCUUAACUGUAACCAUGACCUGGUUUCUAAGUGUGUGACCCAAACAUAACUUAGCAAACCUGAAGCAAACUGCUGGGUUAGCAUGCGUGGAUAUUUUGGAAUCUAAAAAUCUAAAUUGUUUAAAUGAAGAUCAUUCUGUGGUUUGCAGAAUCGCCCCAAUUCAAAGCCCUACCUGCUGGUUUAGACUCUGAUAUCUUACAUAAGAUACAAGAUAUAUCUUCCUUGAUUGAAGGGUUGGACAUAGAGAAAUGUUGCACUCAUGGUUCUCUGGAGGAAAAGGGCAGGGAGUCACUGAAAUCAUUAAUUAUCAUCCUCCAGGAGCAUGAAUAUUCAUUUCAAAUGUCAUGGAACCGCAAUCUGGUUUGACAGACCGACCAAGUAACCUUACAAUUAAUCUACCAACAUCAUAAACCCCUCGGCUCUGCUGCUAGUGGGUCAGGUAUCUUCCCUGCUCUAUACCAACUCAUCUUCCUUUCUCUCACAGUUUAUGGUCAUCAUUUCCUGGGCCUACUCCUACAGUGCUCCUCUCUAAAGUUCAGCUGCAACACUUGUUCUAAAGUUAAACUUGCACAUUUGAUGAUGAGUAUACUCCACUUGUUCCUUAUACACUCCUCCAAUCACUCCCCUCUUCUCUGAGUAACUUAACUUAUGGAUAGUGCAGGCCUGCCCACCAGCAUGUGCUCCUGUCAGUCAUUCUGACCGCCCCCCUUCUUCUUAGCUUACCCCAUAGGUUGGUCUCACUCUUUUUCUGUCGCUCUCACAUUAGCCCUGUCUCUGUCUCCAACGUUGACCGCUUGCUGACGGCUCUCCUCACAGCUUCUUAUUGCAGUCUUCACUGAUCGCACAAGUGUUUUACUGGACCCUGUCUUGUUGUUGUCCCAGAUAUUAAGGGAGGACAUCUGUGUUUUUUAGGAUAACUUUUGCCAGGACUUGGGAACAAGUGUCUGGAUUUCAGCUUGGAAUAUCUUCUCUGUACUGGACCUUGUAUGUUGGAUGCCGUUGUAAUUGGUGUCCAUUUCCCACAGUAGCAGUCUAUCUGAGUGCGUGCGGCUCUGAGGGGGGUUGAAUUUGGGAAGUUAUACGUGUGGGACACAAAGGCUAAGUGCUGCAGUGCUGGACUCCUGCAGUGAUUCCAGGUUAAUUCCUCAUUAGUUGGCCCUGUCCCGGCUGUGAAUAUGGCAUCAUUGAGAAGUUUGAUUCUUUCGCUGCUGCUGGCGCUGCUCUGCUCCUUCCACACCCCGCUGGCUCCCUCCGUCAAGGCACAGGAUCUGCCAUUCCAAUCUGAGCAGGGUCUGAUGGCUGACGAUGACGAUGACGAUGACGAUGACGAUGAUGAUGAUGAUGAUGAUGAUGAUGAUGAUGAUGAUGACGACGAUGACGAUGACGAUGAUGAUGAUGAUGACGACGAUGAUGACGAUGAUGAUGACGAUGAUGAUGAUGAUGAUGAUGAUGAUGACGACGAUGAUGAUGACGACGAUGAUGACGACGAUGAUGACGAUGAUGACGAUGAUGACGAUGAUGACGAUGACGACGAUGAUGAUGAUGAUGACGAUGAUGACGACGAUGAUGAUGAUGAUGAUGACGAUGAUGACGACGACGACGACGAUGAUGACGAUGAUGACGAUGAUGAUGACGACGAUGAUGAUGACGAUGAUGAUGAUGACGACGAUGAUGAUGACGACGAUGAUGAUGACGACGAUGAUGAUGAUGAUGACGAUGAUGACGAUGAUGAUGACGACGACGAUGAUGAUGAUGACGACGAUGAUGACGACGAUGACGACGAUGACGACGACGACGACGAUGAUGACGAUGACGAUGACGAUGACGACGACGACGAUGAUCAUGAAGAUGAUGACGACGACGAUGACGACGACGAUGAUGAUGAUGAUGAUUAUCAUAAGGGCUCUCUGUGCUCACUCUGUGAAUUCUGCGAGCACUGUGACAGCUGUGAUAAGUGUCCUUGUAAAGAGGGAGACAAGUCUGAACACUGUGAUGACUGCAAGAUGUGCAGUUUCUGUCACGUGUGUCCAGUUUGCCAAACUGUGUGCAAGCCUGGAGGUUUUCUGGACGAAGUCACCGGAUCGAUCUAUAAGACCGUUGCCGACGUCUUUGACGACGACGAUGACAACUAAACACAACAAUAUGUGGCCACCAUGUGGCCCAGAUGAUAUGUUUCAUUGUUAUUUAUGCUCACAGUGACUGAAAGGAGAACUUAAUAUAUUUGUGUACUGUUGUAAACGGAGAAGUCAACGAUGCUGAAUAAAGAGGAGGAGACGUUU